CUCUAGCUGGGCAGCAGAGGGGCGACCGACCAAGCGGAAGGGAGAAAGGGGGCCACACCAGCAGCUGAGCACGCACUGGCUGCUGGCUGCCGCCUCCCGCUGCGCUGCAGCGUGUCCCGUCUUCCCCGCCCCCCCACCUCCAGGCCCCCUCAGCCACAGUUUCCCCCCUACUCCCCAUUUCCCGCCCCUUCCCACUCCGCAUUGCCCAGCCUAGCUAGCAGAGCAGCGCUUGCAGUUGCGGCUUGGGCGCAAAGCUUUGCAGCCCCUUUCUCCACGCUCCACCUUUCCCUCUCCCGGCUGCAGACGCGUCCCGCCAGCUGCGCGGUUCAGCCCCGGAGGGCGGGGAUUUUGCUUCAGGCGGCAGCGACUGGGCUGGGGUUGUGGAGUCAAAGGGCGCAGGCUCCCUCCCGGGUGGACAGACGGACGGAGGAGGGGGUGGCCACUCAGCCCUAGGGACUACGCGAGGGCGUGGAGGAGGAGAAGGAGAAGGGCUGCUAGGAGAACAGAGCGGUCGCGAAGCCGGGGGCGGGGAAGGUACAACUGCGGAGGCCCGCAGAGCUCUAGCUCUGGAGUGAGAGGGCCCGGGGAGCCACGAGCCGCCCGAUCCAGGAGGGAAGAAGGUUCCUGCACUUGAGCUGAGAUGAUGGGUCUAGGCAAUGGGCGUCGGGGGAUGAAGUCACCACCUCUCCUGGUAGCGGCUUUAUUAGCCUGUGUUAUCGUCUUGGGUUUUAAUUACUGGAUUGCAAGUUCCCGUAGUGUGAACCUCCAGACUCAGAUCUUGGAGUUGGAAGGAAGAGUCCGAAGGGCAGCAGCAGAGAGAGGUGCUGUAGAGUUAAAAAAGAAUGAGUUCCAAGGAGAAUUAGAAAAACAACGAGAGCAGCUGGACAAAAUCCAAUCCAGACACAACUUUCAGAUGGAGAAUGUCAAUAAGAUGUACCAGGAUGAAAAGGCACUUUUAGUAAAUAACAUCACUGAAAGUGAGAAACUCAUCAGGAAUCUGAAAGAACAUUUGCAAGACUUGCAGAAGAACUAUGGCAAGCUCCAACAGGACAUACUUCAGUUUCAGAAGAACCAGAGCAACCUGGAGAGGAAAUUCUCCUACGAUCUGAAUCAGUGCAUCAACCAAAUGAAAGAGUUGAAGGAACAGUGUGAAGAGAGGAUAGAAGAAGUCACUAAAAAAGGGAAUGAAGCUAUAGCAUCCAGAAAUCUCAGUGCAAAAAGUAUUCUAAACAGUCCGCAAACUGCCAUCCAUCAGCCAGAGCCCAAGCAACGUGAAUCAGAACGGAAGGAGGUAGGAGUGCGGCAGGAGAAAGGAAAUAUAGUUCCUGAAGGACCUAUCUCUCCUUCUGAGAAGACCCCAAGUGUGAUGAGACAAGAAGAAAAAGGAGAGGAGACCAGUGACAUCUUGACUCCCAGCCAAGAGGAGGCUCAGCGGGAGAACCAGGGAGGUGAGCUUUUGCCUGUAGAGCCAAGCAGAGAGCAGAACUCUAACAAAAAAGGCAAAGAAAAAGAGAGUGCUGAACUCGGAGGAUCUGUGCAGACCCAGAAGGGGCCAGGUGGUCUUCUGGUCAGCCAGGAAAAUCAUGAAGCUGAUGAGCCAGAGAGAGACGAACUCAUCGAUAGGGAAGACGAACAGGGCAAGCAGAGUGUUGCUAAAGAUGGAGUAAAUCGGCCCAAACCAGGAAUAAAUGAGGAUUACAACAAUGAAGAAAAUGAAGCCAAGUCUGAAAAAGACAAGCAGGCAGCUCUGGCAGGCAGUGAUAACAAUCUAAGUGAACCAGAUGUUGAAGAGCAGAACAAAGAGAACAUCAAUGAUAACUUAGUUGAAGAUCGUAAAAAGAGGGAUCAAACAAAGUGAAUCCAGGGUUAAAGAGAGUGGUCGCAACAGAUGAUCCCUGUGACAAUGGAACAUUCAUAAGUAUGAAGCAAUCUAAUGUGUACACUGGGAGAUGAGUGUUGGGAAAUUUUAAUAUGUACACAAGAUGCCAAUAAUAGGGGGGAAAAUAAGAAUGUCAAAUAUUGAGAUGAGAUUUGGGUUGGUUUGAUUUUUCCCCUGGAAUCGGCUUCAAGGUUUCUAAAUGAGUAGAGAUUUUUAGAAAGGAAAAACUGACCACUUUUCUUUUUUAUUAUUGGAAAGAUGGAUAUAACCCAUGAAAAGACUAUCCUUGAAAUAGCCCAGGAAUCAUAUUUCAGGUAUGAUUCUUAAUGUGGCAACAUGGCUCCAAUUAUUCUUAAAUGUUAUUAAAAACUUUCUCAGAAGAGUCCACUCUGUCUAGAGGACCCUCAGAGCUUGGUUUUUCCUUUUUCUGCGGUGGAGUCUGUUUCUCCUUUUGCUGCUCAGUGUGUCACUCUUACAUCUGUUCUCAAGGUGAGCAGCAUGCGUAUUGAGGACUGGAUAGCUAGCUCUCCUGCUUUGAGACAGAGGCAUUUCUUGGUAGUUCUGACAAUCAGAAUAGCCCUUAAAUACUGACUGUUAAUACACAAAACAUUACUAGCAACACUUUUAAGCAAGACUAAAUGAAAAAUUCUUGUUUUGGUUGUGUGUUGUAUGCAUUUUAUUUUUUAAAAAAUUCAUAUAACACUAUUUUUAAAUGAUUGUAACUUACUAUGUGUAUUUCCUUUCCAAUUAGGGACUUCCCUAGUAAUGAACAAAGGAGUACUAUGAUUAACUUAUAAACACAACUGUAGAGUGUUAAUGUCACAUGGGAAGUUUUGCAGUACAGGACACAAAGACGGAAAUGUAGAAUUGUUAUUUUUAAAAUGACUUUGAUCUUGAAGUGAAUCCAUGCCUACUUGGGUUAAAAGAAAAUUAAUAGAAGAUAUAUUAUGUUCUGGAUUUGGGCAGGCUUGGAGAGGAAGGAGAAAAUGAGGGUUUUUUUGUCCUACAUUUUACACAUUAGCUUGUAAGGGGAAAGAAAAUAAUCUAUGUAACAAAGUUUCUUCUGAUCUGAUUAAUUUAGUUAGAUGAUUAUUUUUGGAAAUGAGUUCACCUUCUUUUGCUGUUUAAUAGUUAACAUGACUACUUUGUUAUAACACAGACUGUGAACACAGGUAAUAGAUUUGAAGUCUGUGCUUACUGUUUAAGGGAAAGAGGCAUCCAACAAAACUGCCUAUGAAAUUACUUUUUGAAUGCAAAUUUCCAUAAUUUAGAAAUCUCUAAAAUAUUAUAUGGCAUAGAAUAAAUUAAGAAAAUAGAGUUUGUCUUUAAGAUGUAGUUAGAAACAUAGUUUUAGAAUUGGAAGGGAGCCUUGGGGAUCAUUUCCUCCAUCUUCCUAACUUUUUAAACACAAGCAAAUAGAAGCUCAUUGAGGUUAAAUAGCCUUUCCAAGGUCACACACAGAGCUAGAACAAAAACCCAGGUCUUAUGAAUUGCAAUUCAAUGUUCUUUUCAUUAUCCCACACUGCACUGGUAUGGGUUAAUGUCACAGACAGGUGAAGAUGGAGACUUUUUGCCUUUUCAUGCUACAAUGUCUUUCUUGUUUAGUCCUAUGUGUUCCUCCUUACUCAGUUACCAAGACUACCAAUCAUUUCUUAAAACCAGGAACUUGUUGGAAAGCACUUCAACAAUUCUGUGGUUUUACUUAUUGUGACCUUAUUAGAUUGUUGUGGUCAAAAACUGUAAUCACUUGGUAGCCAGCCUUGGGGUGAAAGAGUAGCUUUGGACUUUGCAGGCAAGGCUGGUCCUUAGAGAAUGACAGAGAGUGUGGCUGGGUUCCUAUUCUAUGGCUUAGCACAACCUGUCAGAACCUGUGCCAUGCAGGCAUAGCUUUUGAGAACCCAGGUUCGUGGAACUUCCUGCCAUAACAGAAAAAAAAAGCUACAAACAAUAAAGUCAACUGGAGGGCAUAAAAAUGGACUUAUAUAAGGCCUCACCUAACCUCUUCUCUGUGGUUUUUGGUAACUUGCUGAUAGAGAUGACAUAUACUCUCUCCUGCCUUUGAGAUGCUGUCCACAACAUCUCAUCCUCCUCUUACUCAUGUAGUGAUGCAUUCAGGGAUUGAAAAAUAAAAUCAGCCAUUGUCAGUUCAUCCACUAAAAUCAUUUUGGUAGCCCAUGAAAGAAUCUAACCCACCCUCAGGAAGACCGUAUAUUUCACGUUUUUUUCCCUUAGUGGUGGUGAUGGUUUGGGCUGUCAUCCACAUUGAAUUCUGCGCCCUCUUGUGGCCACUGGCACAUGUGUAUGAGGCAGGAAGCUUCUGUGGCUACUGAAGAAUUAUCUUCUCUAUAACAGGCAUCUAAUCCAUGAUUUUAGUUUUAAUAGCACCAGGUGCUAACCAACUAAGG